GCGGCGGAGGGCGUGGCUUGCGGCGGGGGCGGGAUGAGAACGGUGCUGGAGCUGUUGGAGGGACGCCAGGAGGUGGCAACUACCAGGGGGUGUGAGGGGCUGACCUGGGAUGGAAUCCUGCCACCCGGACUCAGGAAGAAAAUCCUGAGGUGGCGACCUGCAGACUGAGCUGGGAGAUGGAGAGCCCGCUCACGCCCACCCGACCGCCUACCACCAGUGUUCCCGGAUGCAUGGGCUCCAGCGCCUGCCCUUUCGCCAUUUCCUCCCACCUGGCAUUAAAUCCUGGUGUGGUAGAUAUCAGUGAUUAAGAGUCUAGGCAGCCACGUGUUCUAUUGCCGCCAGUCCGCAGGAAACGCAAGUGAUCGUUUUGCUGCGUUAACUCUAUGGGCGCCCAAAUCUUAGGAAUCCAUUCCACGCCACCCCGAAAACAGCGCUUGACCCUUCUGGACUGCCACGCAGGAGGCGAUCAAUGUUUUUCUUUCUUUAUUUUUUUAAGAGACAAGGUCUCGCCCUGUCACCUAGGCUGGAGCACAAUGAGGCUUACUACAGCCUGGAACUCCCGGACGCAAGUGAUCCUCCUCAGCCUCCGGAGUAGCUGAGACCCCAGGCGUGCGCCACCAUGCCUGGCAUCAAUCAAUGUCUUUCAAAAUAAAGGCUGUUAAACGUAGUAUAGGAAAGAAGCCUUUUAAUGGUAGGUUCUACCAGACGUGUUUGUUUGAUUUUUAGGUUUGGUUAAUGCAUUGUUUCCCGUACAAUCUCAACCCGCGGAACCCCGAAACUCUAGAAUUCGUGCAGGUCUCUUUCGCUUCCAGGUCAUCCCCGGGGCAACGGCCGCCGCUCUAAUUCUUGUCAGAACCUCCAGGCCAGUUUCAGCAACGUGCAGGCAGAAGCUGGCGCCUCGGUGGGAUGCGAGGGCGUGUGGAGCGCGGGGAGGAGAGCCCCACAGGCCUUUCCUGGGCACCCGCGGUGGAUGGGAAGGCUCCUUCGGGCGCCUUUCAGGGAAGUUGUUUGGCUGAGGGCAGGUGGUCCGUCGCGUGAAUGAUUAAAAGUUGUUACCUUGGAGAAGAAAUGGAGGAAAGGAUUGGCUUUCGGAGGUGGGCUGGAAACUACAAAACCGAGCUUCCUGGGAAUGCCUUUUGGGCCGACAGGAAGUGGAGCGUCACCGAAAGGGAGGGGCGGCCACUUGGGGACUGUCCCUUGCUCCAGGCGCUCGCUUUGCGGGCGGCACUUUUUCCAGGUUGUUAAUCCAGCUAAUGGAGAAGGAUAGAUGCACGCUACUUGAUUUAGAAAAAAAAACAAAAAUGAGCAAACGAGACGCCCCUUCCGUUUUAUGAUAACCAAGCUGCAGGGAAAUAAAUCGGCUGGCCCUACUGCAAUCUACUGCACUCGAGGCUCCUAAGCAGACGGGACUUGCCUUGCCUUGGAAGAGACUUUGGACUUGGACUUUUGGGUUAAUGCUGGAAUGAUGACAAGAGAGCCUGCUUCUAUCAAUUACUGAAGCCAUAAGGAAAUUUUUUAAAAAUUAAACUUCAACACAAUGAGGUGUUGCCACAUCUGCAAACUUCCUGGGAGAGUAAUGGGGAUUCGAGUGCUUCGAUUAUCUUUGGUGGUCAUCCUCGUAUUAUUACUGGUAGCUGGUGCUUUGACUGCCUUACUUCCCAGUGUUAAAGAAGACAAGAUGCUCAUGUUGCGUAGGGAAAUAAAAUCCCAGGGCAAGUCCACCAUGGACUCCUUUACUCUCAUAAUGCAGACGUACAACAGAACAGAUCUCUUAUUGAAACUUUUAAAUCAUUAUCAGGCUGUACCAAAUCUGCACAAAGUGAUUGUGGUAUGGAACAAUAUUGGAGAGAAGGCACCAGAUGAAUUAUGGAAUUCUCUAGGGCCCCACCCUAUCCCUGUGAUCUUCAAACAACAGACAGCAAACAGGAUGAGAAAUCGACUCCAGGUCUUUCCUGAACUGGAAACCAAUGCAGUGUUGAUGGUAGAUGAUGACACACUCAUCAGCACCCCAGACCUUGUUUUUGCUUUCUCAGUUUGGCAGCAAUUUCCUGAUCAAAUUGUAGGAUUUGUUCCUAGAAAGCACGUCUCUACUUCUUCAGGUAUCUACAGUUAUGGAAGUUUUGAAAUGCAAGCACCAGGGUCUGGAAAUGGUGACCAGUACUCUAUGGUGCUGAUUGGAGCCUCAUUCUUCAAUAGCAAAUAUCUUGAAUUAUUUCAGAGGCAACCUGCAGCUGUCCAUGCUUUGAUAGAUGAUACUCAAAACUGUGAUGAUAUUGCCAUGAAUUUUAUCAUUGCCAAGCAUAUUGGCAAGACUUCAGGGAUAUUUGUGAAGCCUGUAAACAUGGACAAUUUGGAAAAAGAAACUAACAGUGGCUAUUUUGGAAUGUGGCAUCGAGCUGAGCACGCUCUGCAGAGGUCUUAUUGUAUAAAUAAGCUUGUUAAUAUCUAUGAUAGCAUGCCCUUAAAAUACUCCAACAUUAUGAUUUCCCAGUUUGGUUUUCCAUAUGCCAACUACAAAAGAAAAAUAUAAAAGUAAAACAAACAAAAACAAACCUGAAAACUGCUUGGCAUUUGAGUAGCUUCUCCAUGCUAUGUAUUUUUUUAAGCAACAUCAUGAAUUUUAUCUACUCCAGAAGUCUCUACAAUAGAAAAAAAAGUGCAGUGCUUCUAGGAUAUAAAAUUCACAUUACUUUUGAAAGCCAAGAAGUUGGUCUCAUCCAGUUAGGUCUUCUUAUGAAGAGUUUUCAUCCAGGGAUAUAACUCCUUGGUCAGUGAUUUUACUGUUUACAUCCUGAGACUGUUCUACAGUUUCUCUGACUCCUGGCAUUUGCCUUAAGGACCUAUAGCAAGCUGUUUCUAGGAUCAGAAACUCAAGAGAGGCAUUUCUCUGCUUUUUCACUAAAGGUCAAUUGUUUUAAUUUGAAACCUGAAAUGCCUCUUUAGCAAAAGCCUGUGGUAUGGGGUAAAGCCAUGUAAGAAGAGAAUAGUCUCAGUCACAUAUGAAGAGGAAAAUUUGCAGCUGCCAGUGCUUUCCUUGUGGCCCUGCCAACCAGCUCUUCCAGGACGAACUCAGUCCAGCAUGGUUUUGAUGUAACCAUCCAUGCUUUUAUUUUUGUUAAGUCUUUUGUGACUGGGACAGUUAAUUUUAGUAGCUGAAGAACGUCUAGUUGUUUGCUUGAUUUUUGUGAACAUUUACUGCAUGGAUCACAAAACAAUAUACCCUGUAUUUCUUAUACGCCACUUAUAUGCAGCAAGGAGUAAAUGUGUUACUAGAUUCGGGUAGUGCAUUUUGUCACUGAAUCUGACCUUGAGAAUGUACAUUAAUUCUUAUAUUUUACAUAAUGUAUGUGUUGUUUAAGAAAUGUAUAAAAAACCUGAAAAAAAUGAGUAAGAACUGGCAGAAGUUAAAACCCUUUGUAUCAAAAGAUCUUUAUUGGUAGAGCACUGGUUAUCUUCUGGAUACUAAAAAGUUGUAUUACAAACCCAAACGCUUGCAUUCACAACUUUAAAAAAAGAAGAUCCAAGGUACUAUUCAUAAUGAUGAAAUUUCAACUACAUACAAGGAGGAGAAAAUAAGAGCCCAGUCAUAACAGAGGAAUUCUAUAGGAGUCUGCAUCAAUUCAUUGUUAAGGUUGCCUACUCUCUGUUAUGUGAAUUAGCGUCUGUGUUUCACCCAUUGCGUGUUUAGUCCUUGUUCACCACUAGGGCAAGGAAUUCUUAACUAGGCCUCUGUUUACCACCUUCUCUUUCUCCUCCUUUCCCUCUUAUUCCUCCUUCUCCUCUUCCUUCUUAUAUAAUGCUAGUAUAUUCUCAAAAUUGCAAAGCUGUGAGAAUAUUAAAAUAAUCAUGGCUAAUGUUCCAAUAAUGAGGUCUUUGUGCAUUUAGUUCCGCAUAUGAUGGUUUUUUUUUUACAUUAAAGAGUAUAUGUGUCUUAAUGCAGUCAGAUUGUAAAAAACAAAAACAAAGAAACUAAGAAUCUUACUAAAAAUCAAUAAUGUGAGUUAUCUGUUUUGUCCAAUAUUGGUAGUACUUUUUUGCCUCUUAUGAUUCCUCUAGCAGAUAAAUAAAAGAAACUUUUGCCAUCCA